AAGAGGAACGAUUACAGUCAAGCAGUUUACUGUCAGUGGUGUUGUGUACUGACCAGUGAGGACGCUUGGCUUUUAUAGUAAUCGCCCUCCUAUGUUUUGACUUUGAGUGAUACCCUACUGAAUGAAUUGUACAUUGUCUUGAAUGUUAAUCGUGACCGAUGAUAAGUCGCUGGUGUAUUGUUACGUAACUAUAUCUUGUACGGCGACGCAACUGCGACCGCCACACAGACCGUCAGCGUGCGCGAUGGCGUUUGCCUGCUAUGUAGCUGUCAGUGUUCAAUCUGCACUUGGGACAACACGGAUACUGCUCAGUGACGGCUUUCGUGAUGUCGGCUCGCUUGAUCCUCAUUUUCAGGACAGCAUUAUAUGCUGCCAUCAUAAUAUGUAGUCUUGUAAUAUUUUCAGCACUAGCAGUGAGCAUGAAUAAACAUGAAAACAACUGUUUGCUGUACGCCGAGGUAAAGAAAUCGUACGGGUCGGCGUCGACAUGCAACUACAGCAUCGCCAUCGCCGUCAUAUUCUGCUUGCUGUGUCCCAUCGCCGUCGUCGUGCUGACCGUCCUCACCUUCAUCGGCAUUGUAAAGGAUAAACUAAUGCAGUUCGCAGAGUUACCGUUCCUGAUCCAGGUCAUCGCAGACGGUGUUGCAUUUUUCUUUGUCCUAAUAUCUGCCUGCACCAUCAGUGUUGGCUUCAAAACGUUGUGCGACAGCAUCGUUGGCGGAACAAAUAUACCGUGCUCGAAGGAAGCAGUGAUACCGGGUCAUGACAAAUCAAAAAAUGACUUUUUCUAUGAGAACCUAUCUGCAGCAGAGGGAGGAGCUUGGGCAGCGGUCAUCCUGUGGUUGGUCCAGUUCAUCGGGGGACUGUUCGUGUUGUGGAGGAAUGGCCGGCUGCCGUGUUUACCACCCUCUAAGGAUCAACCCUCAACACCACCCCAGCAAGUCCCUGCCACAUUCUAGACGAUCACUGGGACAAGUUGAGUCAACUGUCCUGCUGUGGUGUGUGUUUAAUUACACACCCCUUAUUAGGUCUGGGUAGCGCAGUGUAAAGUUUUGUUAAGAAUUCGCCAAUUUUCACAGAUUAUCAGCAUUUACUGAACUCAUGACAAUAAUCUUUUCAACUUUACGAAUCUGUUUUAC